AUGCGCGAUUUCAUACUGGCCUCCGUGGUCACGGCCUCAGCCUUGUUCGUUGGACAAGCUGAUGCUGUCGCCGCCAACCCUCUUCCCAAACCCACGAGCAUCACCUGGGGCGACUCUGGCUGCUUCUCUUUUGGAUCCGUCGAACUCGAUGCGCCCAACCAUGAAGUGCUUUCUGCCGCCUUCGAUCGCGUUACCAAGACAAUCGCAGAGCUGAAAUGGAUUCCCGCAGCCACUGAAGCCCCGGUUACAUCGUUUCAGCCUUUUCCGACCCCGACCGGUGCGUCGAGAAAGAGCAGGAGGCAGUAUAGUGCGCCACCGGGAGGAAAUUGCACCGGUACGGUCACCAAGGUCAAGGUUGAUGUUGCCGACGCCCAUGCUCAGCUCCAACAUGGUGUUGACGAAUCCUACACUCUCGACCUCGCAGCUGGUUCGGAUACCAUAGACAUUACCGCGGGAACCGUCUAUGGCGCCCUCCAUGCCUUGACAACACUGCAGCAAAUUGUUAUCAAUGAUGGCUCUGGUAACAUGGUUAUCGAACAACCCGUCGCCAUCGAGGACGCGCCACUUUACCCAGUCCGUGGAAUCAUGAUAGAUACUGGUCGCAACUUCAUCACAAAAGCCAAGAUCUUUGAACAGAUCAAUGGAAUGUCUCUUUCCAAGCUCAACGUCCUGCACUGGCAUCUUAUUGAUUCUCAAUCUUGGCCUGUGGAGAUUAACGCCUUCCCUGAGAUGACCGAAGACGCCUAUUCCGCCAACGAGGUCUUCACCCAAGACAUGUUGAAGGAGGUCGUCGCCUACGCCGCCGCACGUGGUGUGCGAAUCAUCCCUGAGAUUGACAUGCCCGGCCACGCCAGCUCCGGUUGGGCGCAAAUCGACGAGUCCCUACUCACUUGCCAACACAGCUGGUGGUCUAACGACAACUGGGCACUUCAUACAGGCGUAGAACCCAACCCAGGCCAACUUGAUAUCCUCAACAACAAGACCUACGAAGUUACGGCCAAGGUGUACAAGGAAAUGACACAAGUCUUCCCAGACAGCUGGUUUCACAUUGGCGGCGACGAACUCUUUGCAAACUGCAAUAACUUCUCAUCUGCCGCCCUCGCCUUCUUCAAUAGUGGAAAGUCAAUGGGCGAUCUCUACCAAGUCUGGGUCGACCGAGCCCUGCCAAACUUCCGCGCGCAGGCAAACAAGACUUUCGUCAUGUGGGAAGAUGUCAAGCUCUCCGCUGAUGUGGCUGCUACUGGCGUUGUCCCCAAAGACGUUGUCCUCCAAGCUUGGAACAACGGCCUUGAUCACAUUAGCAAUCUCACCGCACAGGGUUACCGCGUCAUCGUUUCCAGUUCCGACUUCAUGUACCUCGACUGCGGAUAUGGAGGCUGGGUUGGAAACGAUCCCAGGUACAACGUCAUGGUUAACCCCAAUGCGACAGACGGCUCUCCUAACUUCAACUGGGGCGGCGGAGGCGGUUCUUGGUGUGCACCAUACAAGACAUGGCAACGCAUCUACGACUACGAUUUCACUUUCAACCUGACCGACAGCCAGAAAGCGCUUGUACAGGGCGCCAUCGCACCUCUGUGGUCCGAACAAGUCGACUCUGUAGUUGUAUCUCAGAAAUUGUGGCCGCGUGCCGCUGCACUCGCAGAACUUGUCUGGAGUGGUAACAAGGAUGAGAAUGGCAACAAGAGGACCACGGAACUGACACAGCGUAUUCUCAACUUUAGGGAAUACCUGGUUGCUGUUGGUGUACAGGCUAGCCCGCUGAUGCCAAAGUACUGUCUUCAGCAUCCGCAUCAGUGUGAUUUGUAUCUCAACCAGACAGCAUUGCAUGCACCUGUUGCUUAG